CCUGUAUACAGAGAAAACAACAAUAAUUUAAUGGACAAUUAGUUACCUGCUAUCAGGGUGAUAAUCAGUGCUAUUGCAGGGCGAUAAUUGAUUUAUCAGACUACUAAUGGAUGGUGUGAUAAGGUGUCUAGUCAGUGUUUGGAGGCAUCAAGCAUGUAAUUGAAAUGGAAAUAGUAGAAUAUGUCACAACUUUUGACUAAUUUGAUUGCCUGUUAAAGAGAUACAUGUAGUGAAUGAUUUAUAAACUUAAUUAUAAAGGGCAAUAAUGCACAAUCAUAAUACUCAAAUAACAACAUUUGAACAUCCUGUCACUCGGAAACCUUCCAACCAUGCUUCAAAUAAAACAAGCUCAUCUUCCUCACCCCCACGGACACCAACCAGUCCCACACAAGAGUCAAACAGAAAAGUAGCAGCAACACCAACAAAAGUCAAGUCAUUAAAAGCACCUCCAGCCAAAAGAGAAGAAACAAACAUGGUGGCCAUGAAAGGAUGGCUGUACAGACAGGAAAGUGGGUUUAAAUCAUGGAAGAAAAGAUGGUGUGUUUUAGCUGAUUUUGGGUUGUUUUUCUAUAAAGAUGAUGAAGAAAAAAACCAGAUCGGCUCUAUAUUACUUCCUAGCUAUAAAAUAGGUCAAUGUCUGCCGGGUGAAUCUAGUAAAAAAUUUGCCUUCAAAGCAGAACAUAGUAACAUGAAAACCUACAUGUUUGCGUCAGAUAACCAAGAGAAUAUGGAUAUGUGGAUAAACCUUCUCAAAUCAGCCGCCAUGUUAAGAGGUCCUAUUAUAGAAAAAGAACCUAACAAUAAUGGUCCACAAAAGCUGGUCCCUAAGUCUGCUUUUAUGGAAUGGGAUGAGGAUGAAGGCUCUCCUAUGAAUAAUAAAUUUUGGACUGAAGGACCUGAUGUUGGGUCCCCACAUGAUAGGAAACAGAGACCACCAGAAAAUAGGUCUCCAGAUUAUAAUAGAAGUCCUCAAGAUCAUAAAGGCCCACAUUCCAACAAAAGACAGCAUGAACCAAGAACAUCUGAUAAUCCUCACUCCCGAGAUGAUAAAAGGUCGCCUAGUAGUCCAACCUCAAGGCCAAAAAUUCCUAUAGACAAAAAUAUGCCUAAAGGAAUAACAUAUGAUCCUUUCCAUGGUUAUCAUAAUGAUCCAAGGAAUAAUAAAGUUCAGGAGCAAGAAAAAGCAAGUCCUAGAGAAAGGUACAAUGAGAGACACAGAGACCCAAAACAAAAGGGUCACAGGCAUCAAGAAAAUGACUCUAGACAAAGAUACCCAAGUGAUGAUAGCCGUCAGAAUGACCCUAGGCCACGAUAUUCUAGUAAUGAUAGCCAACAAAAUGAUCCUAGGCGUCAAUAUCCAGAUGAUAGAAGGCAAAAUGAUCCUAGGCAACAACACCCUAAUGACCCUAGGCAACAAUAUCCUAAUGACCCUAGGCAACAAUAUCCUGAUGACCCUAGGUCACAAUAUCCCAAUGAGGAUAGACAGAAUGAUCCUAGGCACCGAUAUCCGAGUGAUGACAGUCCACAUGGACCAAAUUCUAAUCAUAAAAACAGUCCUUAUUUUAAUUCUCGUUCAGGAAUUCCCAAGGAUGCCUUUAACAAAUAUGCAUCAGAAAGAGCUCCUAGAGAUUCAAGAUCACAAUAUCCUGAAGAAGCAGAUAGGUACAGGUCGCGUUCUGCAGAAAAGCAUCAACCAACAAUGGAUUCAAGGUAUCCAGAGGAAAAUUCUCGGUAUGGACAGAGAGAUUCAAGGUCUGGUUAUUCCGAGGAAUCUGAACAGCAACGAAGGUCACGUAAGCGUGACCCUACAGAUGGUCUUCCUGCCAUACCAAAAGAACAAAUGCACAAUGCUUCAAGACGGCAUAGAGACUCUGAUAGAAGAUAUGAAAGACAAAGACCAAAAAGUGAAUAUAUAGAAAGACCUAAUCAGCAUAAUGGACAUCCACAAAUGAAUAAUCCUAUGUUAAACGAUGGGAGACAACCCCCACAUGAAUUUCUGAAUGCUGCAUAUGGUCGGCAACAAGAACAAAUGCAAAAAUCUCAUGUGAGUCAACAAGACUUGUCACCAGGUAGGUAUUCUGAUGAUGCUCCAGAGAAACAAGCACCAAGAAGUCCAGGGUAUGAUGAUGAUAGUGGUAUGUAUGAUCCCUUCCAAACUCAGAGAAUUUACGAUCCUUUUCAUGGAUAUAGACACAAGCCUUCUCCAGAGACCAAGGGCAAGGAACCAGAGGUGGAAUACAGUAAAAUUAUCAAAGUACGGAGAGGACAGGAUAUGGAACAACAUCCUCCAGAGGAUUAUCCUUACAUGCAGAUGAAUUCUUCAAGAAGUGGGAAACACCCUGAUGACUACAUAACACAUGAUAGGUUACAACAGUCAAUGCAGCAGGAUCAGAAAGAUUUAACUAGUAGUGUGCGGGAAGGAGAUAAUUUCGGACAAUACUCUCCACAAGCUGAAUCCCGUCAUAGAGAAAAACAAAAUCCUAAUAGACUGGAAGAUCCUUAUGCUCAGUCGAAGUAUGAUAGAUCACAACCUCAGGAAACAGAACAAAAAUUUGUGUAUUCUUCUCAGGACAAUUUUAACGAGGAAGAUCCAUAUCAUGUUCGUCAGAAUCGUGAUCAUUUACCCACGCAUGAACAAUAUCAUCCAGGUUAUAGAGAACCUGAAGACGGAUAUAGUACAUUGACAAAAUAUAAAGAUAAAACAAAUGGACCACAACCUCAAGAACCAUCACGGACUGAACAGGUUCAACUUUCUCAUUAUGACACAAAUCCUGACCUUUCUCAUCAUACAUAUGAAAAUAUUCACAAUACACAAAGACAUAUGAUGGAGGAUACACCAAACCGACCUCCACUGCCGACAGCUGUUCGGCAACAAAUUGUUGAAGAAAUUGCAGAAGCUAAAACUCCACAUACUUCUCAGGAAAUAUUAGAUGCUGAGAGAAACUUGGAAGUUAGAAUGCAGCAGCCAGCUUUCUUUAAUUAUCCUACUCCUACCUUGCCACCAACUCAUUCACACCAGAACCCAGCCAUAGACCCAAGAUAUGGGAAGCCAUCAGAUUCCAUGGGAAAACAGUAUCAUCCCCAUAGAGAUAAUUACCAUGACAACCAGUCUUAUGACCAGGGAAGGUCAAGGUAUACUGAAGGUUUACCUACAAGAGGUCAAGUAGAAGAAGACUUAAGGAUGUUGGCACGACCUGAAUUAAAUGCUGAUCCUCGCUCAAGACAUAAUGGUGGUCCAUUACAACCAGGUGGAAAGCAGCCUCCCAAGUCUCUACCUCUGAUACAAACUGUCAAAGAACAUCCUGACAUGCCAGAUUCUGAUAUCAUAGAAACCAGGGAAAUUCCAGACUUGCAUGCCAAAUAUCCUGCUUUGAGUGGAACCAGACUUAGAAUGAGUAUAUCUGCUGCUGAUCUAAUUGGAAAAACACAUGAUGAAUUAGUGCUAUUGUUGAUACAGUUGAGGAGAGAAUUCACAGCUCUGGAGAAAGUCAGGAAUUAUUAUAGGGAACAAGUACAAAAGAAAAGAUCAGCAGAGAUUGCAUAUAGAAAAAUGCAACAAGAUUCCCACCAGCCAAUAGAUCCCAGAUUGGAGGGACAACAUAAUGAAUAUGUGGAAAUGAAAUAUCAAGGGGAGGAGUGUGAUAAAAAGUUAGAGGUGUACCGACCAAUCGUUAACCUUGUACAUAAUAUGGUUAACAUGGGUAGUCUUUAUGGAGGAGACAAUUUAAUGUUAGCCUCACAAUAUAGAAAGCAUUUAUUAUCCCCUGAACAAGUGUCCCCUCCAAAGAAAAUGAUUGAGUUUUCAAGAAAACAUCAAGAAGAUACUAUUGUACAUAAUAUGAAAGAAGAAGUGGACCAUUUGAAAAGGGACCAGGUUGAUUUGGAGGAUAAACUAGAAAGAUUGUAUGAACUUGACAGACUUCUCCAGGAACAAUCAUAUAAAGUUACAGCAUUUCAAGAGGAUAAGGAUUUACUAGAGAAGGCAUUACAAGGCUUGUUAAGACAACAGGAUAUGGUCCAAGAUAGUUCUCAUGAAUUACAUCAUCUUAUCAAGCAACAAAGAACUGUAGAGAAAGAAUUAUCUAGAGUUUUAUAUCAUUUAGCUCAGGCUUCUAAGGAAUUAGAAGAAACAACAGCUGAAAAUAACAAGGUGGAACAUGAAGUAGCAUUACUGAGGUCAAAAGUUCAUGGAGAAUUGGCAAGGAGUAAGAGUGCUCCUUCUCUAGUUAAUGAAAAUAUGAGAAAAAAGAUGACAAUGGAGAAAGAUUUGGCAAAAGUGAAGAACAUUAUGGCUGGUUUAUCAGAAGAAGGUCAAAGGUUAUCUGAGGCUAUAAAUACUCUGAAACGAUCGUCAUCUGGUGGUGCUCUUAAUCUGGUCAAUGGUGAGCUGGACAAGCCAAGAAAGAGGGAGAAAUCUGGUACUUACAUGGAAACUGACCUUGACACUACAGAAUCUAAAGACUUGUCACAGGUCAAGGCCAUUCUGUCUCAAAGGUCACUGACCUCAGUUCCUGAUGAUAUGAAUAUAAAUGUUGAAACAGCUAUUUCUCCAAAGGCCGUUGAUUUUAUUGAGUCACAGGUAUCUGCACCAUUGGAGUCAAUGGGAUUUAACCAGGAAGAAGGCCCAUGGGAUAUCAGUGAUGCUGAUGAAAAUACUAAACGAUUUUAUGGUAUUAUCCCUAAAGAAAGACCAAAAACAUUGACAGUACGAGAUGUCAAACGUCAAAGUGAACAAAGACGAGAAAGGGAAAAAAUCAGAAAAGAAAUCGAUGAAUUGGAUUCUGAAGAUCCUAGUUGGGCCAGUUCUACAGUGAGUCCAAAACAGGAGUAUCAACCUAUAUAUGAAAAUCUUCCACCAGCCAACAAUGCCCCGAAGGCAUGGUCUUCUGUUAACCUUGGUGGAAGUAGUAGCAAUAACUCAUCGACCACAGGUUCCCGUAGACAUUCAAAUUUACAUCUCAUAGCUCCUAGACCAUUCGUUAGAACAUACCCUUCACCGACUGCUGAAUCAGCAGAAAUACUGCCAUCAAAAUCAUUUAAUUUUUCUAGUGGAUUAUCAUUCAAUGACAGUGGUGUUGUCAAGGCUACAAGGGUCAUAGUGCAACCAAGUGACGAUUCUCAAACUGCCACAUCACCCCUGAGUCCUUCAAGGUCGCAGCCUAUUGUAAAAGGAUGGUCUCCGGUAAAGACUAAUUUAUUCAAUGUGAAACGGACUCCUAAAGGAAGGUAUAUGACAAUAUCUAGUAGUGAGCCGGUGAAGAUGGAAACAUCACUCUUGCAGCCAGCAUCGUUACAUUCGGUAGCGGGAGACCUCAUGACCAAUAAUAAUUUAGAUAUGGUCCCUGAUAUAGUGAAGAGUUCUACCACAAAAGUAGACCAGAUGGAUGAUACGUCUUUCGAACGAGAAGUUUUAGCUUUCCCCAACAAAGUUUUGAUACCUGAAAGAUAUAUGCCUGAAUCUGAUGAAGAAUCAUUUACAGAAGAAGAGAAAUAUAGACGACAAGAAAAAUCUGAUAGGUUGAAAAAGAUUCUUACACAACAAAGUAUUCAUUCAUUAUCUCAGCCUGAUGUUAGUAAUGUAGCCCAAGAGAAAGUCAGAAGAGCUCAGUUGUUGACCAUGAACCAAGAAUUAGCAAGACAAGUCACUAAAAAAUCAAGAGAGGCUGCAGCUGCCAGGAGAAAAACAUGGUCUGGAAUUCCAGGACAAAUAAUUGUUCCUGACCCUGAAGAUUCGAUUGUCAAGGAAGCUGAACUUACGGAUAUAGAAAAAUACCAACGACAAGAAAACUUAUACAUUUAGAAAACCUUCCAAAAAAAUCUUAGAGGCCAGUAUUAAAAGAUGUAGUACUUAUAAUGAACUUUACUUUUAAUACUUAGCUGUUAACAUAUUUUACUAAAUGAAUAAACUGAAUGUCCGAAACAUAACACGAUUAACAGUAUUCAAAUGUAUCAGUUCGUUAUCAUAAAUAUGUGUUAAAUAAUGAUAAUUGAAAUUUUGCAUAAUACUUGCUAUCACAUAUCAUUAUUAUUCAAAUAUUUUCAUUUUAUUUAUUGAACUAGCCUUUACCAUGUUUACUUAUCAACAAAAUUCAUUUACAAGAUUGACUUGGUUUGGUUUAAAAAAACGCUACCUCAACCAUUAAAAUAAUUAAAUGGUAGAUACAGAAUGAUAAAGCAAAAACUAUUUUCAAACUCAUUUUAUGAUUAUUGAUACAGCAAAGCGAAUGUGUUCAAGGUUUAAACUCAAUAAAGAUGGUAAACUGUAGUCAAAACGCAUUUAAAAGAUGUGUUAUUAUAUUCAUUGCUAAAUAUUUGAAUAUUUUAUUCUCUUUAUAAAUUAGGGCAUGUUAUUUAUUAAUCAGACUUUUUAGAGGUAGUUUGUAAAAUGUUGCUUGUUAAAAUUUUCACUGUUUAUAAAUGUCUUAGUAGCUAUUUUCAAAUUGAGUUUUUGCUACUCAUAGUUUUGCAUUAAAUGUGAACUUUUUGUAGUAUUAUAUGCACUAGGCAAUACUAGUUCUCAGAACUUUGAUGGAUUCAAUUUAUUUCAUUAGUCAAUUUUCGUAUUUUGUAGAAAAAUGAAGUAUAGAUGAUAUCUUAGUUUUCUGAUUUUGCAAUUAAAAAAUAAGAAAUAAUAAAAAGAAAAUUAUUAUGUUUCUAUCUAGUUUUCAGGAUUUUAAGAAAAUUUUUGUAACAAACGUUUAUCUUUUAUAUUUAUAUAUCAAAAACAAAGAUUUUUGUUUAUUGCUGACUUUACUUAGAUGUAGGCACCAUUAAAUGUGAGAAUCAAAGAAAUAUUUUAUACGUCCUUUUCAGUAUUGUGAACAUAGGUUACUUCAAUUUAGCUUUAACCUCUGGAACAAUAAUUUUACAACAAAUGAUAUUAACAGAUGAAUAGCUUUGUGAUAUUUUUUAUACAAUGAACAAUUAUGCUGCUUAAAUGAAAUAAUCUGUGAUAGUCAAUUUUUUUUUAAAAAUUGUUUUAUUUUUUUAUAAUAUGAAUAUGGUUGUGUGCCACAAUUUCUGUCCAAGUCUUUGCUUUCUGUUAAUAAUUUUUAAGAAGAAAAAUAGGUAUUGUACAAGUUUUUUUAUGCAGUGAAGUAUUCUGUGGAUGAAAUUAGGCAUACAAUAAUUAGUCUCAAUACAGUUGGUUUCCUUUGACCUUUUAAGGACAUUUUUAUUCUCAUUUAAAGUCUGGUUAAAUUAUCUGAAAAAUCAUAGGAAGUUUUUCAUAUUUCGCUUUAUGGAAGGACAACUUAAGAAAGAGGCAAACUAUAGCUAUAUGUCAAGCUAGACAAGUUGCUUUAUCAAUGAUAUUAUGUCAGAUCUAGUAGAAGUUGUGUGAUGUAAGGUUAGUGAUUGAACAACUAACGUUUCUAAAAUAUAUUUUAUUGAAUAAAUUGUUUAUAUUAGCAAAUUUAUAUAUCUAAAUAUUAUUAUAUAUUUGUAUGUUUCAAGUUUAUUAAUUGUUAUUUUUGUUAUUAUUAUUUUGUCCAUAGAUAUGCAAGUUUUUAUACUGUUAUGUUGAACAAUAAUUUUUGAUUGUGUCAGUUAAUAGUGUCACAGCAAUUGUAAUAUAUUUUGAAGUUAUCUGCUAAAAUCUAGUUUAAGUACUAUUUUUUUUUAAAAGAUCACUUACUUGAAAAAUAUAGAUUAAAAACAAUUAUGAAUUGAAUUCAUAAUCUGUCAGACCAGAAAUAUGAUUGUUAACAAUAUUGUAUAAGUUGAAUGCAGGACAUGUAAAAAUGUAAAUGAAUUUAUUAUCAUUUAAAAUGUUGAAAGCCUCACUGUGACCCUGAUGAGAAGCACAGCGAUAGAAGUGUUAUUUAUAUGCAAUGGGUAAUAUCGAUAUAUAUCAAGUGAAAGGAGGGAUUUUGUGUCAUAAAUAAAUACACCAUAUCCCUUCUAUUGUUUGUUUUUUUUAAGUAUUUUUGAUACUCAGAAACUACAUUAAAGAUUGUAUGUCGUAAAUUGUGUGCACAAAUAUGUUAGAAGAUCAAUAGUUCCAAAUCUGAGGUUAUUUUAUCUUUAUUAUUGGCAAUAAGUCACGCUUAUAAUGUUGUACUGUUAAAAAAAAUAAACAUAUCUUCAUCAAGUUGGUAUUUGAAUAUAAAUCAUUUUGUAUUGUUUAAUCAAUUUUUGUACAUUCCUUUAUUUUGUACAGUGUACAGAACAUAUUUGUAUAUUUAUAUUUGUUCAUUUAAAGAUAAUUAUAUCAAACUAUAAAAUUAAAUAUUAUUUAUAUAUAA